GUUGCUUCUGCAAUGGAAGCUUUGAAUAAGGCCCACUCAGAUUCAUGUCCCCAAUCUCCCCUGGGAUCAAGGAGAAAGUUCUUCAGGGAUGGGUGUUCAGGAUGACAUGGGCUUCUGCCAGAAGUUCUUCAUGUGCUCUGUGUGUUUCUUUGUAACUACAGAAACAUGAAGGCAAAGGUCUCUGGACCAAAGUGGAAGACCACCACAAAAAAUUACACUUAUAUUCAAUUUUCUGUUGUCUACUAAAGACGAAUGUCAUUAAGGUCAGAAAGAAUGAAAGAAAAUGAGAUUUGAAAGAGACUUAACAGCUGUGACAAACAUCACUCUGGGGAAAAUAAACAAAACAAGAAAAUAAAACAACAAAAACCUCACAGCUGUCAGGAAUGUGAGAACAUGUUGUCACCAGAAGACCUAAAAUAUCACACAGAGAAAUGUUUGUUCUCAUUGAUACAUGAGAAAAACAUUCACCUGUGACCACAAAGAGAUGCAAAAUAAACACAGAGACAUAAAACAACCACAAACACACACAAAAUCAACAACACAAUAUGCAAAACACCACACAGAGACAAAAUAACCAGAAAUACACGCAAAACUACCACAAAACCACACAAAAUAACUACAAGACAUGAAUGAAUGUGGAGAUCAAGUUGGUUUUAGGGGAAAAGUCAGAGAAUCACCAAAGUGAAGAAGGUUCAUCAUCUUGGAACCAUGAAUAUCUGCACCAAAUUCCACAAGCAUCAGUUUAGUGUUUGUUGAGAAAUGUCACUCUGGACCAAAGUGGAAGACAGACAUCAGUAAAAAUGAACUUUACAUUUAAUCUUCUAUAGUCUACUGAAGAUGAACAUCAUUAAUGUCAGAAAAAUGAAAGAAAAUUAGUUUUAACAUCUUAGUAUUCAAAGGCAAAUUCCAGUAACAACACAUUUGACUUACAGCAGGUUUUGUGUUUUACUAUGUAACAAUACUCCAUUAUUGAAAUGCAGAACUUAAAUUUGCAUGAAAAGCAGCAGAAACCAAAGGAUUUGUAGAGCUUCUGUAGCAGUUUGCUGCCUGAACUCUACGUUUGCAUGCAGACUGUGAAUGUUUGAGCUGAAAGGCAGCAGAUGCUGAUUCCAUUUUCCAUCACAGAACUCAGUCUGCUGCAAUUAGUCGACAGUAUAAAGUAUCAUUACAUAAAUCAGAUGCUUUAAGGGUUUUGUUACAUGCAAAAAAAACCCAGAGAUUGUUUUCAGUCCAACCUCACACAUGCAAACACAAACACCCAAACACACAAACACACAAACCUGCCAUCAUGAACAAGUAUUAAUAGAGGAGAUCCAGCAGAGCUGCAGUCCAGUUUGGAGACACGAGUUCAACAACAAACACUGAUCAGGUGAGAAGCUUUUCAUCACUCACUUAGAAUUUGGUUGUAAAACUAAUAUUUCUGUUGGUGAUUCUGUGAAUAAUUAGAACAUUUCAUUUAAAUGUAUGUAAUUUGGGAGCUUAAACCACUUGAGUUUAUGUGAUAAAUCGUUUGGAUUGAACUGAUCAACAAAUCUGAACAAAGAUCCUCCUGACCUCCUCAGAACAUCUGCUUCUUCAUCUCCACUAACUUUAUUAAUGAUCACAUUUCUACCUUCAUCCUGUGAAGAGUAUCUUGUUUUUUAAGCCUGAACUUAAACAGAAAUACAAAUACAACAAUGUUCAGGUUCAUGGAGACUUUUUCUGGCAGAAUUCUAAAUAUUUCCUGUUGAACAGAAGCUGUGAAUUCUUGGAGUUUCUGCUGAUUAGUUGGAGAGAAAACUCAGAAAAAAAUGCCUGCAUCCAUCCUGGUUUGGUUGCUGGUUUUACCAGAACUUAAAUGUGUUUUUCCUCCUGAAAUGUGAAGUGUCUAUAGAUAAAGUUACUGUAGAGGAAGAACCAGAUGACUCAGAGAAAGUCUGUUGAAGUUCUGAUUGAUUUUCAUUGAUGAUCCACUCAUUGAUUUAUUUCCAUGUUCUUGUGUCUUGUCGUCGUCUCCUCAGCUCCAUAUGAGCAGCGAUGUCCUCCAUCUCCUCCUCCAUCUCCUCCUCCAUCUCCUCCUCCAUCUCCUCCUCCAACUCCUCCUCCAUCUCCUCCUCCAACUCCUCCUCCAUCUCCUCCUCCAACUCCUCCUCCAUCUUUCCUGCCUCCAGUAGCUGCUUUAGCUACAGAUCCAGUGUUUUCAUCUUAAUCUCCUUCUCGGCCACCAACAUCCUCCUUCUCCUCCCUCUCUGCAUCCUCGUCCUCCACCUCGGUCUCCAACGAUGGCGGCAGAACCGGCGCUCGGCUUCCGCGGCGACGAGCCACUCGGACGUCUUCACCUACCACCUGGUUGCCAUGGAGACGGUGGGCGUGUUGGGCUGCGCUUUGUUCUGCGUUGGCGUUUUCUUCGGCAUGCUGUGGUCCAUGGUGACGGGCCUCUACCUUUUCUCCGUCACCUCGUAUGGACAGCUUCUCUUUCACACCCUCACCUGUGCAGAGCGCCACCUGGCCGUGGUUCAUCCAAUCACCUACCUGGGUCUGAGGCAAAGGGGCGGGGUCAGAGUCAGAAACUUUUGUGUUUUGUGCAUUUGGCUGCUUUUCUUUGCUUCCUUCAGUCUCGUCGUAACUUUCAGCGCCGUCGCAGUUUUGUGCAUCUUGACUCUCUCGGCCGCCGUCGUCUCUUUCUGCAGCCUGUCGGUUCUUCGCUCUCUGAUCGGUCCAGGGCCGGGGGAAGGGGGCGGGGACAGGGAGCGAGUCCACCAAUCAAAGAUGAGGGCGUUCUACACCAUCACGGCCAUACUGGGAGCUCUGGUGUUGAGGUUUGGAGGCCAUGUGCUGGUUGUGGUGGUCCACUCGUACUCUGCAGCCACUGAGCGUGUCCGGUGUGAGGUUCUGGUGUCGGGAGUCUGGUUCGGUCUGCCCAGCAGUCUGGUGUUACCGCUGCUGUUUCUGCACCGAGCAGGAAAACUGAGGUGGUGACACCGAGGACACACUUUGUCUUUGAACAGCCAACAGCAGGAAGUCAGUUGUUGACUGUCAGAUUUGGACUGAUUCUGUUCCACUGAUUGUUCGGGGAUGAAGAUGAGAAGAGACGCACAUUUAAUGGAUCUGUUUGGUUUGAAUCAGCUGCAGUUUAAAGUUACAGCUCAUUUCAAUCCUUCGUCCACGUUAAAGCAGACGGACUGACGGACGGAUCACAGUGAGAACAUCUCUCAACAGCAGACUAAAGAAAUAUAGAAGAUCAAUGUUUUCAUCAAUCUGCAGGUAUUUCUGCUCAACGCUUCCUUUUGCUGCCGGCGUCUAAUGAAAACCUCAUUUCUCCUGAUUGUUUUCAGUUGUUCAGAGUAAAAUAUUUGUUGAGAAAAUCCAGUCAGUUCAGUAAAGAGAUUUUUAAACAUCUGGAUGCAUGAAACAUGUAAAAAACGACUUAUCUGGAAAAUGAACAAACACAGAUACAUGUGAUUUUUAAACAUUCAUAAUAUGUUGAAGUCGUUUAGUUCUUUAUUUAUUGGUUUAGUUCCUUGUUUUUUGAGAUGAAAGUUGCACAAUGUGAAAAAUGUGUAAAAUAAAGUGAUUCCUGCUCAUUUAAAGAGUUAAUAUGAAAUCUAUAAAUACACCGUGUGGCUUUAAAUGGCAUAUUCUGGUUAUAUAACAUGCAAACACACACAUGAGGAUUAACAUAGAAACACUGUGGAUGAAACAACAGUUCAGACACUCGGAGCAGAAGAUCAGAAACUACAGAUAAAGUGAGUUCAUUUUAAUCACCUCACAGAAUAAUAACAGAUAUUAAUCAUCAGUUUCUUGUGCUGCUGACUCUUUAUUCUACAUUUAAUCUGGUUGUUUCCUUCUAUAAAUACAGCUUGACUGAAUAAUUAAAGAUCAAAUAUCCACCAGUAGAAGAUCAGAAUCAGCUUCUGUGAUUGAGUUUGAGUCUGACUCUAGUUUUAUCGUCACCAUCAACACACAGGAAUAAAGCUGUCAGACAUGACUAGUCGAUACCUGAUACACACCUGAGAGCAGAACAACGAAGCUGAACCAGUGAAGAGCAAACAGGACAUUUCUGCCAUUAAGGUAGAAAAACACCAUAUUAUUGCAGAUCAUCCAUGAGUUAAACGUAACUAAGUAGUUGUGGUGCUAAAACGUAACCAAACAAGGAGGUCAAAUCUGUGUUUUAACUGUAAAAACCUUGAUAUUAGCAUAUUUUGGUGUGAAGUGGAGAGAACAGCCUGAUGGGAAAGAUUUCCACCAGGAGGAGGAGACUGAAGGAACCACCCAGAGUGCAACAGCGCCCUCUUGUGUUCCAAUUACUUUAUUACUGCCUUUGAGUUUGUGGUGUUUUAUGUCUGCUGCUGUUAAACGCUGGUUUUGUGUUUCGGUGGAAUUUUUCUUGCAACUUUCACAGUAAACUCAUGAUCGCUGCAGAUAUCUACAGUUUGACUGAUUUUCUGUUUAGUGCUUUUCAGUUUAAUAUUUAUUUGUGUUAUUUUGCAGAGUGUGUGUGUUUAUAGUAUCAUAACAUAAAAGGAAAUAAAAUACUUUCAGAAAAAGUCA